AUAUGCUGUGUCCCUCGGACACAGCGGAUCACUGAUCACGGAAAGAGCCGAAGAUGUCGGCUCGAUCAUGUGAUCAGAUGUGUCCAAUCACAGCUGAUCACAUGGCACUGAUGAUCAGUGUGCCCUGAUGAUCUGUGUAGCCCCAGCAGUGCCACCUGUCAGUGUCCAUCAGUGCCUUAUGUCAGUGCUCAUCAGUGCCUCGUGCAAGUGCCCAUCAGUGCCACAUCAAUGCCACAUAUCAGUGCCUACCAGUGCACAUCAAUGCCACAUAUCAGUGCCCAUCUGAGCUGCCUUUCAGUGUCACCCAUCAGUGCCAGUCAGUGCCAGCUAUCAAUGCCAAUCAGUGCCACCUAUCAGUGC